AUGCCCGCGUGCGCCAACGAGAGCCUGUCCAAGCUGUGGCCCGGGUCGACCGCCGGGUCGCCCGCCGGGUCGCCGCCGUCUGGGUCGUCACCAUGCUCCCCCGCGUCGCGGUCCCCGCCGUCCACGUCGCCGCCGUCCACGUCCCCGCCUCCGCGCCUGCGCCGCUCCAUGUCCAGCUCCACCGUGCUGGCCUACCCCCGCGAGCAGGCGUCGCCGCCGCCGCCGCACAGCCACCGCACGAGCGGCUUGCCGGUCGGCCUGCCGGUCGAGGACCCGUCCGGCGGGCUGCUGGCGCACCUCAUCGGCUGGUACCCAGCCUUCCUGCUGCGCUUCACGCGCAACCUGCUGGCCGCGCUCGUGUACCUGUCGUGGAGCCAGCUGCUGCUGGCCGGCCCCACGCUCUGGCUGUCGGCCUGGCUGUGGCUCUUCUGGAAGGCGGUGCAGCUGCCGCUGGCGCUGGUCAAGGGCGCGCUGUCUCGCCUGUCCACCCCCGCGGCGGAGCGCGCGCGCCGCAAGCGCACCGUGCUCAUCUCUGGCGGCUCGUCCGUGCAGGCGCUGCACCUGGCGCGCAACUUCCACUCGGCCGGCGCGCGCGUCGUGGUGUGCGAGGUGGACGGGCUGUUCGGGCUGGCGCGCUUCUCGACGGCCGUGCACCGCUUCUACACCGUGCCGCCGCCGUCCGCCGACGCGCCCUACGAGUACGUGCGCGCGCUGUGCGACAUCGCCGUGCGCGAGGAGGCCGAGUUCUACCUGCCCGUGUGCUCCAGCUCGCCCGCCUACUAUGACGCCCUGGCCAAGCCCGACCUGGAGCUGCUGGGCUGCUCCGUGUUCUGCCCGGGGCUGGAGCAGACGCUGGGGCUGGACGACACGCUGGAGGUGCUGCGGCGGUGCCGCGCGCGCGGCCUGGCCACACCACCCUUCUACCCGGUGCACUCCCGCGAGGACGUGCUGCGCCUGUACGAGGCGGGCGUGCUGCGCUCGGCGCGCUUCUUCCUGCAGCUGGCGGGGCUGGACGGGUGCCGCGAGCGCGUCAAGCUGGCGCUGCCCACCAGCAGGCACGAGUUCCGCGCCAUCGCGCACGCCAUCACGCCCGCGCUGGCCGAGCACCGGCCCUGGGUCGUGGUGCAGGACGUAGUGGGCGAGCACUUCCUCACCUGCACCACCGUCAAGGGCGGCCAGGUCGUGGCCAACGUGACGUGCCGCCUGGAGCAGGGCCUGGUGCCCGUGGAGAGCGAGGACGUGACGCGCUGGCUGGAGGCCUUCUUCGCGCGCGUGCCCGUCACCGGCCACUUCCGCUUCCGCCUGGUGCGGCCGGCCGGCGGCAACGCGCUGCUGCCGCUGGGCUGCCGCGUGGGCGUCUCGCUGCCCUACCUGUGCCACACGUCCGUGCACCCCCGCAUCGUCAUCAAGCCCUGCCGCCACUUCUGCCGCCAGGCGUCCGGGCCGCUGGUGUCGGGCGCGGGCCGCUACUGGAUGCACGAGGCCGUGCUGGACACGCUCAAGCGGCCCAGCGUGGAGGCCGUCAGCAAGCUCAUCGGCACGGUGCUGGACAAGCGGGAGGCGCUCUUCGUGUUCUGGGACCCGCUGCCCUACUGCGCCUACUACCACCUGCAGCUGCCCGCCCGCCACCUGCUGGGCUUCCUGCAGGGCCGCGGCAGCGCCUGCCAGCGCACAGCGGCCGCCCCCGCGCAGUGA